CGACUACCUUCCUGGCGUUGUCGCUAUGCGCGAGGCCUUUCGGAAAAUGAAAUCCAAGAUGGGCUUCCUCGUGCUCGUCGGACCCACCGCAGAUGAAGCAGCGCCAUUGUUGGCUGAUGGCGAAACGAUAUUGGUCAAAACUGCGACUUUGGAGGCGAAGUUACCGAGACAGGAGCAGUCGGUGUUCGCGAGACUGCGAAGAGGAGUCAGAGGAACGAGACACAGCAAGUAAGGUAAAGGGAGGAGCUUGCUUUACUUAGAUUAGGCUUCUGAAUCUGCUGAUCCAGUACAACUUCCUCUCCCCCUGACAUUCUCUCACAUGAUAAAAUAAAUGAAGUGUUGUAUCAAGACUCUACAACUUCUAGGGACUAAUCGUAAUCUACUAGUGCUUGUUCCCCCCAAACCACAUCAACCAUCUCCCCUUUCAUUCCUCGAGCUCCCUCGACAAGCUUGGCGCGUUUAUGCUUGAUAUGCUGCCUCUCGGCAUCCAACGCGUCUUUUUUCUCGACGCGGACAUUCUCCCUUUGGCCAAUAUGGACCACCUGUUCUCAAUCGGCGUGACUAAGAUAGAGCAUCUUCAUCAAGACCAUCCGAUCCAAGAACCUAUGAGGACCUAUGCUGGAAUGGCGGCCACGGAUAUGCAGGGCAUCAACCCCUGUCACGUAAUCAUGUGCUCCUGCGCUAUGCUGAUAAUACCUUCGGAAACCUUACGGCUAGCCGUUUUAGCAGAAGCCAAUCGCACAUUGCAACAUGCGUUGACACAGCAAUAUGUGACGUAUUUGAGGCGUGUUGAUGAGGAGGAACCGGAACCAGCGAAAGGUGGAGGCAGUUUCAAUAGUGGACCACUUGUUUCACUGAAAGCACUGCCACUGGUAGAUGAAGAAACAUCAAGAACAGCUCCUUCAACAGAAAAAUCACCAAAAAAUCUGAAACGAACACCUGCAUCAUUUGUCCGACAAGCACUAGAGUUUGAAAAGUCGCUUGUUGUAUCCGAAGUAGAAACGGAUACCAACAGGAAAACCCGUCGCGCACGUCAAAGUCACCUCCUAGAACGAUCUCGUGGGUUUGCUUUUGACAUUCUACCAAGCACUGGCACCGAUCAGGGCAUGCUGAAUCGUUUAGCGACAACUUGUGGGAUUCCAGCCACUUGGCCAGCCAGCGGAGCCAGACUGGAUGGCUCAGUAUCCUUGCAUUCGAAUGAGCUUGACUGGCAUCAUGGAGAAAGGGCGAGAGAGUAUACGGAUGAAUGGUACGAUCACGCAUCUUCUAGUAGCAAUUCCUCGACCUCGACAAAGCAGCUUUCGACCUUGUUGUGGGCCCCCGCGGCAACAAAGACACCACCUGCAACAUCUGAAGAUGACACAUCAUCAACAACAUUACCACUGCUUCAGAACUUCUUCGCAAAUACAACCAGCCAUGGUUCCUUAGAAAUGGUACACGGGUUUACAACCACUAGCACUAGUAGAGAGCAGAACUCCAAAACCCAAGAUGAAAAGCCUGAAGAAGUUAUGAAUCUUUACACCUAUGAAAACCUCUUUCUCACUGUGGCCGAAGUAGAGAAGAAUUCAACUACCACAGCGAGUAGAAGUACCGCUCCAUCAUCCACUUCCACGACGACGUCCUCUGGUGUCGCCGCGUCUCUGGAACGACCACAACAUCUGAUCAAGCGUGCUGCUUUGAGUGUGCACUACAUCCGCAAGCCUUGGUGUCUGCAUGCGGACGGCGAUACUAUGGAGGACUUCAAGAGAUCCAGGUGGGGCAGCGUCUUGAGCCUUACUGAGCUCCUUUCCUACUGGCGAUACUAUGAGCACAAUACUGGUGCCGAGCUCAGAGCUCUGACAAGGAUGCAUGAAUUAACGGAGGAAGAGCAGAAGAGUAUGUACUCACCUUUACUAAGUGGAGGUGCUACGCAAGAACAGGAAGGCGCAUUGUUGCGGUAUGAGUUUUCUCAAACUUCUCAAUCUCAAACUUCUCGUUCUCCACUUGAGAAAGAGAAGUAUCCUAUCGUGGAUCUGCCAUCAGCGUGGAUGUUAUGCGGUAAAAUGUUGGGAAAUUUGGAGAGAUGCAAAAAACCAGACUGCUUUUACUGCAACUCACAAGCGAUUCCACAUCAUGCACUUUGCUUGUUAUAAUAAAUAUAACGAUCAUUGAGUAGAUGAUCGUACUGAAUCAUGUAGCUGUACGGCUAAACGACCUAAAGCUAAACUUCUCUCAACAUGUUCUUCGACAUAUUCCCUUAUCCUCAGCAUAGGCAUUACCAAUACUAUAAUUAGCGCCGACCUCGUCUUGUCGUUG